GUCACAGAGGCCCUUACCUCUUCUCCCCUCUCCCUGCAGCCACCCUCACAGCCUCUGCAGGAUCCUGGCCGCACAAUGCCCCUUGCUGGGCUCUGCAGCUGUUGGAACCGCCGGGUGCUGCCUCUGCUUACGGUGUAUAUCUUCUACCUGCUGCUCGGGGCCACCAUUUUCCGGCUGCUGGAGAAACAAGCGGAAGCUCAGUCCAGGGACGAGUUCCAGCUGGAAAAGCUGCGCUUCCUGGAGAACUACACCUGCCUGGACCAGCAGGCCCUGGAGAAGUUUGUGCAGGUCAUCCUAGAAGCCUGGGUGAAAGGCGUGAACCCCAAAGGCAACUCUACCAACCCCAGCAACUGGGACUUUGGGAGCAGUUUCUUCUUCGCAGGCACAGUAGUCACCACCAUAGGUUACGGAAACCUGGCACCCAGCACAGAGGCAGGGCAGGUUUUCUGUGUCUUCUAUGCCCUGAUAGGUAUCCCGCUCAACGUUCUCUUCCUCAACCACCUGGGCACAGGGCUGCGUGCCUACCUGACCACACUGGACAGGUGGGAGGAACACUCCAGGCGUUCCCAGCUCCUGCAGGUCCUGGGCUUGGCUCUGUUCCUGACCCUGGGGACCCUGGUCAUUCUCAUCUUCCCAGCCAUGUUAUUCAGCCAUGUGGAGGGCUGGAGCUUUGGAGAGGGUUUCUACUUUGCCUUCAUCACCCUCAGCACCAUUGGCUUCGGAGACUACGUUGUCGGUGCUCCCGGCUCUGGCUGCUCAUCAGAGGUCUGGACCCCAAGGAUGGAGCAACCCUUGACCCUGACCCCAGACCUCAGAAGAUCCCCAUCUCUACAUGAUAACCCAAAUGUUCCAAUCACCCACCCAUCCUCCCCCAUCCCCCAGACCCAUGCCAUUCCCUGCCCUUCCUUCCCAACCCACACACUUUUCGGGCGGAGUAGUCAGUAAUUCUCCAGAGGAAGGAGAAAGGUAUGCCUGCAAAGUAUUUAGGAGAGAUACAAAGACAAUUAUGUGAGUGGAGAUCUGCACACUGGCCUCAGCCCCUUUCCUGGGUCCCUCAAAGAGAACCUGGAAAAGCCAACAUGGAUCAUGAUGGCCAAACCACCAUUGCCACCUACAUAUACCAGCAGUAACCCUUAGGCUGCGAGCCAAGGUGGAGUUGUGUUUGUGUUGGUUGCUAUACACUAGGCAUUCAACAAGCACCUACUCUGUGCCAGGCCUGUACUCUUGCUGCAUCUUCAGUCUUGAAGGCGUGGACAUAUGGAGAAGCAGCCCAGUGCAGUGCUCCCAGAGCCUUGAUAGAAACAACCUGGAGAGAAUGAGAAUUCAGGGCAGUGGCCGGAGGAGGGGAGCUGGGCACAUCAGCGACAUUCCAGUGCCCACAGGGAAGUGCCUCCAGGAGGCUCACAGCAGUCAGCCCUCUCCAGCUCCCCUCGGCCACAAGAGAAGGAGUAUUCCUGAACAAGGCUUUUGACAUCUUCUGGGUGUCCCAGCAUCUCCUGAGCAUGAUCUCCCUGGACCUCCAGGCACCCUUGGUCCUCACUACUCCCCCUUGGUCCUCACUACUCCCCCUGAGAAGCUGGAGGAGCAGCAGAUCCCAGGAGCCUUACAGAAUAUGUGUUCCCUUGGGUCUAGGCUCUCAUGGGCACACUCUCCGCGCACACCUGGUCCUUUGGCCAGCUUUCAGCACCGUGGGCCUGAAGGGAGGACAGAUUUGGCCCAGUCUGCCCCAUUGCCUGGUCUUAAAAGGAUUAGGAGCUAAUUCUUCCUUGGCCUUCUUUCUCCCCGGAAGUAAGGAAGUCUGCAAGAUCUGUGUCUUUGCAGAAUUAGGAGUGGAGGUUGAGGAGAGUCCCUGGGAAGGACCCUCAUCUUUGGAGUGAUUUUUCUCCCCCAGGUCUGAAAUCUGAAGCUCUCCAUCUGCUCUAUACAUGCUAGCCCCUGCCUCAGCUCUGGGUGAGUGGGGACUCAGAGUCCCCACUAGGUCCACUGGGUCCACAUGCCUUACACAGACUUACCUUACCCAGCUGGGGCCCUUUUCUUUGAGUGUACCUCUUGUGGGAAAACCUAGGGUGACAGUGACCACUUGUCUCUGGUGUGACAACUUAGACUGGAGCCCUGUGACAAUAAACUCGGCUGUUUCUCUUCCGCA